UAAAUAAUCGUCACAUCUCCUCAUGUGGGCCCCAGUGAUCGGCGACACACGAUGGAUUCUGAGUCGCGACAGAGUGAAAACGAACCCCACUGCUAGAGAGGGCGACGAAGUGCACGACAAAGCCGCUCUACCUCCCUCUCUCUCUAUUCCCACCUACUAAAUAUCUUCUUCUUCGUCUUUCCUAGUCAUUGGAGGAUUUCUAGCGUCUCUUUCUUCAAUAGAAAGCUUCAAGCCUUCUGUCGAACAGAAAACAGUUUCGAUGAUGCCGACAUCCGAAGUAGGAAAUGCAAGCGAUGCCUACGUUCCUGUUUACUCAUCGUCCGAGGUGCUUGAGAAGCUUCAAGAGAAAUGGAAUUCAGGGAAGAAACAACCUUACCCAGCAAUGUAUUCUAGUAUUAUUGGCGGAAUUACUCUGGAUCCAGCCCUGAUGGUUAUUCCAAUUGAUGAUCAUAUGGUCCACAGGGGACAUGGUGUCUUCGAUACUGCCAUGAUUGUUGAUGGAUAUUUAUACGAGUUGGACACCCAUCUGGAUCGGUUCCUAAGGUCAGCCUCAAAUGCAAAGAUUUCUUCUCCUUUCCCUCGCUCAACUUUGAGAAACAUUCUUAUCCAGUUAACGGCAGCAUCACAUUGCAAGAAAGGCUCACUGAGGUACUGGCUGAGUGUGGGGCCGGGUGAUUUCUUGCUCUCACCUGCAGGCUGUCCAACACCUGCAUUCUAUGCCGUAGUCAUCGAUGUUGACUUCUCGCAGUGCAGAGAAGGGGUGAAAGUGGUAACAUCCACCAUACCCAUGAAAGCUCCCCAAUUCGCUACGAUGAAGAAUGUGAACUAUCUCCCUAACGUUCUUGCAAAAAUGGAAGCAGAAGAAAAGGACGCGUUUGCUUCCAUCUGGAUUGAUGACAAGGGAAAUAUUGCCGAGGGCCCAAACAUCAAUGUGGCACUUAUAAGCAAGGAAAAGGAGCUGCUGUUACCUUUCUUUGAUAAAAUCUUGAGCGGGUGUACUGCCAAGAGGCUUUUGGCAUUGGCGCCCAAGUUGGUUGAGCAGGGUAUUUUGAAAAGUGUAACCACUAGAGAUAUAACAGUCGAUCAAGCCAAAAAUUCAGCUGAGAUGAUGUACGUGGGAAGUGGGCUUCCUAUACUACCCAUCAUUGAGUGGGACGGCCAGCCUGUUGGCGACGGAAGAGUGGGGGAGCUGACGCUUGCGCUCUCAGAUCUGCUUUGGGAGGAUAUGACAGCAGGUCCCGAAACACAGAGGCUUUGUGUUCCAUAUGUGUAAGAGUCUCAAUUCAGAGCACGCCCGUUCAAGUAAUGUUUUACCUGGAUUCAAGAGAUCAUGUCCCAAUUCAUCGCUUGUGGUUUGGCCAGCAGCAGUUUGGUGAAAUUAAUAUGGAAGCUUCUGCAAAAUUCUCUCUUCCCUUCUUUCUUUGCUUCUUCUUGCCUGCGAAAAAUAAUGUUGUGAAUGCUGAACGAGCUUGUGAUAUCAUUGGUAUCUAGUGGGCCACAACUAUCUCUAGCUUGCAAAUGCUUGUAUGCCUGUGGUUGAAUGGGCCAUAGCUAUCUCUAGACUUUUGGGUUCCGUGGGUUUCAUAAGAACAAUUUGAUAUCAUUGGUAUCUA